GUUCAGUUAGAUGAGAAACGCAGUUACCACGUUGCAUCUCCACCCUUGAAUUCUAUGGCUGGAUUCUUAAACGAAAACUGUGAGUUCAUCUGGUGCAAGAUUUCUUCGUUUCUUCGUUAGAUAUCCAUAGUUUUCAAUUCUUAACGAUCCCUACCGUACCAGCUGUGAGACAAAGUAAAUUUAUUGUGAUACCUUAAGAGUUAAUAUAUGUGAGCGCUAGAUUUAUAUUUAAAUCAUUUUCUCUUUUUUUAAUUUUUUUUAGAAAUAAUCUGUUUAAUCAUUAAUAUAGAGUAUAUGAUUUAUUCCGCUACAAGUUAAAUGUUUCCAUGGAAACCAUCCUUGCGCUGAUUCAUCCAUAUAUAGAUCAAACCUGUGAACCCGCCUCUUUAAAAGAACGCUGAUCCUUCAGAAGCACAACAGUAUUUUCGAAAUUGGAAAAAUACAAUGUCGAACAAACGACCGCCUGAAAUAGCUCCACCGCCUUCAUUGAAAUUUAGUUUGCAUCAAUGGCAUCUAAAUAAUCACCACAGGUAUCGAUGUUCCGAAGCGCAGCAGGAACUAGCAGAUCGAUUACUUAACGAAUCUCAGCGUGUUUGCGAAUUAAGCUCCGAGAAAGUACGAAACAAUAAAGAAGAAACAGAUCACAGACUGAAAGAAAAAAUUGAGGACAUCGAAUUUCGUAAAAGAGAACUGCUGCGUAUAAGGAAGGAAGUUCUUCUUGAAAUUGAUGCUUUGUCAAUAUACAAGGAGCGUAUCAUGGAUGCUCUAUCAUCCGUGAGGAAAAACGCUUUUGUCAUUUGCGAAAAAUGCCUCAUUUUUAGAGAGCAUAGAUUAGGAAUUGAUUUAGUUCACGACGACAUAGAAAAAGAAUUAUUAAAAGAAUGCGAGGUAAUCAAAGGCGUCGAAAGUUUAUUAGUUCGGACUCUCGAACAAACGCAGGAACAAAUACGUCGUCUUAAAGCGACGCUUUAUUACAUGGAUCACGAGCUCGAGGAUAAAGAAAAUAAUUUACGCAUUGACAAGCACAACUUGACUUUGAAGGAGACCAAUUUAAAUUUAAGUAUUUAUCAUGGUACAUCGCGACUUGAUCCAUCAACGAUAGAGUUGAACGAAUGGGAAAUGCAGACUAAUAACAAUAUCGUUAGCGCUUCGAAAGAGGUAAAUAGCGCUAGACCAUUGCGCUGUUAUAUCGAUAAAAUUAUAAAGCAAGUGAUCGAUGAUCUAAAUGAUCAGAAAAAUGCUACUGACGAGGCCUUCAGGCGGCGCAUCGAGGAAACGAAAGAAGCGAAAAUAAAAUUAGAAUUACAACACGCUGAGAUCAUGCGACAAGCAGCGGAAAUGAAGGAUAAUAUUACUCGCAUUGAAAAAUCAAUCGCGGAGAAGGAAAGCUUUUUAGCUUUGGCACAUACGAGACUCGGUAAUCGUUGUCAAAGGCCAGGAUUAGAACUUACACGAGAUCUAGUGGAAAUUAAUCUUGUAAAGGAAGUAUAUGAUUUACGUGAGAUUGUGUCGGAACUACAAGCAACUAUAUUCGAGUCUCAGGCAUCGUUGCGUUAUUUACUCAAAACACAAAUUCAAAUCGAGGAAGAUAUCAAUGUUAAAAUAAACACGUUAAAAAUCGAUGAGGUCGACUGCAUGACCCUUCGUCAAAGCAUGGAUUAUCACACAUAUUAAAUUAAUUCGAGCAUCGAAUGAAUCCAUAAAAAUUUUUAUGUAAUAAAAUGCAAAAAAAAAAAAAAAAAAUGACGGUAUUCAUUAUAAAUACACUGCAGAUUUUUACGUAUUUAUAGAAAAUUUAAGAAUGAGAUAAUACACUGAAUGCAAAUAAUAUACAAAAAUAUAUAAAACUGUCAAGUACAAACAUAAACCAAACCAUUUUCUACAUAAAUUCCAUUUUUUCAAACUUUCUUCAUAAAAAUAUGAAUUUGGAUAAAUAUUCACAAUCUAUUUAUAAAGUUGAAGCAAUCAUUUAUUUAAAAAACUCGUUAUUUCUUAGAAAAUUCGAAUUCUAUUUGAUAAGUUUUCGUACAUAGAAAAUUCUCUUAUGUGUUACAAUAUAUACUACUCUUAGAAUUUAAUUAUAUUUGAGAUUGUGUAAUGCUAAUUUCCGGUAAAUAAGUAAAAAUGCAUGCAUCGAUAUGUGUUGAUGAUUUCCUUGUAUACAAGCGCGGUGCGAGGCUGCAUAAAGGGUUAAAAAAAAGACGUAUAUAUGUGAUAAUAAAAGAUAUACAAACAUACAUCUGUUACUAGAAAACUUGAUAUUCAUACAAUUUUUACGAAUAUAACUAAAGGAGUGGAAUCUAAAUAUUUUACAUUAGAUAUUUUAUAUAUUUCUGCAUACUAUGUUAUACAUUUUUAUGUGUAUAAAUUUCUCAUUAAUAUUCGCAGUUUGUUUAUUAGUUUAUAAACCGUGUAUUUUAAUACAGAGCUACUAUUGGAAGUUCUUGUAUUGGUCUAGAAAAGAAUAUUGUUCCUAUUGGUUAAUACUCGUGACUCGUGCAAUACUGACUGGCCGACUAUUGCCAUUACCGCGGUGGCAGUAUUUUAUCUGUAAGCAGCGGUAUUAGUGAGAAUUUUCCUCCUUGUCCACGUUUCUUCAUGAAAGUGUCAAUUUGAGUGUUCUCGAGUGUAGAAAACUUCUGUCGUUGAGCUAAUGUAAUGGCAGACAUAUAUUGGGAACGUGUUUCGUUCAAUUUGUUGAUGAUAUUUUACGUAUAGGAGAUUUAGUUUAAUCGCACAUUAGAAAAGGAAAUUAUAAGAAAUGUCAAGUGACGCAAUAAUCGUAUUACCUGGAGAGUUCGACCUGCAGGAGUUUGUACAAAA